CGACGACGACGACGACUACGCCUGACGACAUCCUUCUGUCCUUUCCUCUGGUUCUGACUCGUUCUUGAUCUCUCUUGGCUCUCCAAACUACGCCCGGCGUCAUGCCUCCAAAACCUGGCUCGUCACUCUUCCUUGGCCUCGAGCUAGCCACCGACCAGCUGCGCGCUUCCAUCGUGGACGAGAGUCUCGAGCUGAUGGGCGUGGAGGCGGUCGACUUUGACACUGAGCUGUCCGAAUACCAGACGCAGGGCGGCAUCUUCACGACACCUGGCGAGGCAUACACAACGCCUGUUGAGAUGUGGGUGAGGGCUUUCGAUCUGCUGAUGGAAAAACUGGGAAAGGGACAUGACUUGUCACGAAUAAGGGCCAUUGGCGGUGCAGCUCAGCAAGGGCUAGUAUGGUGGAAGACAACGCCAGUACCUCCAUUGCAGUCGUUAGACCCACGUCUACCCUUACACAAUCAGCUCACGUCCGCGUUCUCGAUGCCCAACUCAGCAGUAGCGCAAGACAUGUCAGCUCACACGCACGCACUUGCAUUGGAGGCUGCCCUCGGAGGUGCAGAACUGAUGGCCGCUCGAGUAGGAACAUGUGCUCAGUCAAGUCUCAUCGCCGCGCAGUUACUGAAAGUUCGGGAAGCGUGGCCAGAUAUCUGGAGGAGUACCGGCCGUGUACAGCUGGCAAGUUCAUUCAUUGCAAGCUUGCUCACUGGUUUAUUCGUCGGUAUGGGAGAGGCGGAAGCCAGCUCAACUGGUCUUUGGGUCCACUCAACAACGCCGGGACAGCCAAGUCACUGGGACGAGGGUGUUAUGGAAAUUGUCGGCGGAAACCGAGACGAAGGCCGAAGGAUAUGGGGCUGGCUGGGUGACGUCGACACUUCAGGCGGUCGGAGACGGAUUGGCAACGUGUCUAGGUAUCUUGUCGAGCGCUACGGCUUCGACCCUGAAACGAUUGUGACGCCUUUUACUUCCGACUACCUUUCUACCUACCUGUCGCUCUGCCCAUCCGCAUCCGAUGCCGUCCUUUCAUUCGGCCCCAUUGAUCUCCUAAUGACCCCUGCCCCCAACUACCUCCCUUCCCGGCUGUACAGCUUGUUCCCCCAUCCUGCGCAAGAUGCCAGCGAAAAACGUCGCUACGUCGCCAUGCUCACUAGCCGAAAUGCAGAUGUGCCGCGCGCCUUGGUGCGCGAUAUGUAUACCAAGAGCUGGAGCGCAUUUGAUAGGCUCGUGGCCAUCGUACCCCCAGGUGGAUCAAUCGGCCUGGACGAUAAGUUAUUCAGCUUCUGGCUGUUGCAGGGCGACAGCUACCCUCUGACUAAUGUAAAGGGCAUCUUCCGGUUUGAGACUGGUAUAAAAGUCAACGAAUUCCGUGACUUGCGGGCCAAUCCUCGAUGUUUGCUCGAGAGCCAGGUCCUCUCUUUCCGGGUUCGCUGGUCCCGGAUGAUUACCUCGGGGGUACUUGGCCCUAACACCGGACGCAGCCGUAAUAACGCUACACCUAGUCCCAUCGCUCAACAACAGAAGCGUCCCGCUAAUACCGCUAAUAACAUGGGUCUGCCGUUCGACCCUUAUGACUAUAACCCCCUCCCAUCUCGUAUCCUCGCCACUGGUGCCGCUGCGAACUUCCCAUCCAUAGCCAAUCUCGUCGGCGACAUCCUAAACGCACCGGUGCUCGUGCCAACGACACAGAUCGACGCGGCGCAGGUCGUGCCACAUCGUAACGCACCAGCAACCGGAUUCCCCGCCCGCGCAGCCCUCGGUGGUGCGUACGUUGCACGAUGGGUGUGGGGCAAGGAGCGAGGGACGCCUGCGGGCACGGGCCGCGGCGGGUUCGAGGAGGAGAUCCGGAGGCUGCUGAGCAAACGGUGGGCCGCAACGGGCGGUGCGCUGAUGCGGACGAACGUCAAUGCGCCCGUGGCGGGAAGCAAGCCCGGUAGCGGCACGAGUACGCCAUACGGGCAUGGUUCUCGGUCGGGGCUCGGCUCGAACGUGCUCGUCGAGGUCGACGAAGAGGAGGUAGAGGAGAUUGAGCGGCUCAGCGUUCAGAACGGCGCUAGCGCGUUGUACGGGCUCGGCGCCGGCUUCGGAGACGUCCUCGACAGCGCCGGCCGCCUGCGCACGUUCACGAGCUCGACCGCCGGCACGGCGAUGAGUGGCUCGACGCUCGACGCGCCCUCGACUGCGUUCACGACCCCCGAGAUCGGCUCGUCAGGAAGCCCGAACCCUGCCAACUCGGCCGGUCCGGACGGGCAGCCUGUCUCGGCCACGGCGCUCGUGCCCGUCACCGCCCUGCAGACAUCGGAUGCGGAGCUCCAGCUUGGUCUCGCGAAGGUUGCUGAGCCGGACGUCGACGCGUUCAUGUCGUACGCGUCCAUCGUCCCGGAGUACUGCCGCUUGGAAGGUCUCUUGGUGAAGUCCAUCGUCUGAAAGGACACCUCUUUCUCCAACGUCGUGAUCAACAUUGCUGUCAGCCGUUUUAGCUUAGCUUUCGAUGUGCUCUGUGAUUGUAUUCCUGCUCUUGCAACGUACCGAACCCAGUAAGUAGUCGCGGGAGUGAGCGUUGAGGGGAGAGGUUUCGCCAACAUUCCCGCACGGGAUAUACCAUCAAUCGAUCCGUGCUCAAAAGCUUCGUAGUCAAAGGUUAUAUUACUAUGUCGUCUCUCUCAGUCGCAAGGUACAAGUACAUCGACAAUUAUUAUUUCCGCUAUGCAAUGUGCUGUAGAUGCAAAAUGAGCACGUU